GCUAUCAAACAAGUAAAUGAGCACGGAGGCACGAGGAACAACUCGCUGUCGUUGGGAGCGUGUAUGGGCAAGGCGUGACCAAUUAACGAGUUUGGAGGGGGGGUCUGCGUGCUGCUGCUGAGUGCUGCUGUUGCGGGCAAGGUGGGUGUAAACAGGCAUUGAGAGGAUAGCUGGUGUAACCGUGGGAACCGAGGGCUGCACGGGGUGGACAGGGGAGGACACAUAGUAGGGCGCGCCACAAUCGGGGCAUGUACCUGCUGGGUUUUCCUUGACUUCCAGUCUCACCUUAUAGCCACAUCGGAUGGUGAAUGAAACCGAUCCGCGUCCAGAACAGACACACUGACAGACAAAGAUGGAAAGUCAAGGCAGCCGCUGUAAGAUCGUGGUGGUCGGAGAUACGCAAUGUGGUAAAACUGCGCUCCUACAUGUUUUUGCGAAGGACUGCUAUCCUGAGAACUAUGUCCCCACCGUUUUUGAAAACUACACUGCCAGUUUUGAAAUCGAAAAACAGAGGAUUGAGUUGAACAUGUGGGACACGUCAGGUUCCUCGUAUUAUGACAACGUGCGGCCGUUGGCCUAUCCUGACUCAGACGCUGUGCUCAUCUGCUUUGACAUCAGUCGCCCAGAGACUCUGGACAGUGUUCUAAAGAAGUGGCAGGGGGAGACCCAGGAGUUCUGUCCCAAUGCCAAGGUGGUUCUGGUGGGUUGCAAGCUGGACAUGAGGACAGACGUGAGCACCCUGAGAGAGCUGUCCAAGCAACGCCUCAUCCCCAUUACACACGAACAGGGUAGUGGGUUGGCCCGUCAGAUAGGUGCGGUAGCCUACGUGGAGUGCACCUCCAAGGUGUCGGAGAACAGCGUACGGGACGUGUUCCACAUCACCACGCUGGCGUCUGUGCGGCGGCCACAGAAGCCUCAGCUGAAACGCAGCAGCUCCCGCCGGGGCCUCAAACGGGUGUCCCAGCUGCCCCUGCCCCCCCUGCCCGGUCGGACUGAUACCCUGGAUCCUGCCCCUGUCAUGCAGAAGGACCGGGCCAAGAGCUGUGUGCUCAUGUAGAGACCCACCAAGACAAAUAUAUGUACAUACAUACAGUACAGUAUGAUACACAGAAAUAUAUGACAGAAAGAGGAACUCUAUUUAUUGGUUUUGUUUUGUUCAAUUUUAUUUUAUUUUUUAAAGAAAUCCUCUAUUAUUCUCGUUUUGCACUGCUGAGGAACAAGGACAAAAAACGAAAAAAUAUGCUUUCGUGUGUGUUUGCAAAUCUUUUUGGAGCUGUUUACAUUUUUUUUGACUGACUGACUGAUGGACGGUGAAGUGGACUGGUUCUCUCGAGAUGAAGUCUCAGGGUGGAGAGAGGAGAGGAGGGGAAUAGGAAGUGCUACAUGGUCCUGGGGUAGGGUUUGUGGAGUGCACUGACUGGGGGAUCAAUCCUUCACACAAGGACGGCACAACAGCCAUCUUUACUGGACGGCUGGAGGAGAAGACUUUCAUUCUGUGGAGAAGGUAGUGGAGGAGUUGAUUCAGUAAGAUGGAACAAGAAACUUCUCAGUGGACAAUGGACAUGCUUGCUGUUGCUAUGCUAUAUUGUGUUGAUACGAGAGGUCGACCGAUUAUGAUUUUUCAACGCCGAUACCAGUUAAUCGGCCGAUUUAAAGAAAUAUUUGUAAUAAUGACAAUUUCAACAAUCCUGAAUGAACACUUAUUUUAACUUAAUAUAAUACAUCAAUAAAAUGUAUUUAGCCUCAAGUAAAUAAUGAAACAUGUUCAAUUUGGUUUAAAUAAUGCAAAAACAAAGUGUUGGAGAAGAAAGUAAAAGUGCAAUAUGUGCUAUGUAAGAAAGCUAACGUUUCAGUUCCUUGCUCAGAACAUGAGAACAUAUGAAAGCUGGUGGUUCAUUUUAACAUGAGUCUUCAAUAUUCCCAGGUAAGAAGUUUUAGGUUGUAGUUAUUAUAGGAAUUAUAGGACUAUUUCCCUCUAUACCAUUUGUAUUUCAUUAACCUUUGACUAUUGGAUGUUCUUAUAGGCAGUUUAGUAUUGCCAGUGUAACAGUAUAGCUUCCGUCCCUCUAGUUAGCGCGCGCUAACUAGCUAGCCAUUUCACUUCAGUUACACCAGCCUCAUCUCGGGAGUUGAUAGGCUUGAAGUCAUAAACAACGCAAUGCUUGACGCACAACGCACGAAAGUGCUGUUUGCAAAACAGUGCUGUUUGCUGGCAAAACGCACGAAAGUGCUGUUUGAAUGAAUGUUUACACGCCUGCUUCUGCCUACCACCACUCAGUCAGAUACUUGUAUGCUUGUAUGCUCAGUCAGAUUAUAUGCAACGCAGGACACGCUAGAUAAUAUCUGGAAAUAUCAUCAACCAUGUGUAGUUAACUAGUGAUUAUGAUUGAUUAUUUUUUAUAAGAUAAGUUUAAUGCUAGCUAGCAACUUACCUUGUCUUACUGCAUUCGCGUAACAGGCAGUCUCCUUGUGGAGUGCAACGAGAGAGAUGCAGGUCGUUAUUGCGUUGGACUACUGUAAGGUUGCAAGAUUGGACACCCCGAGCUGUCGUUCUGCCCCUGAACAAGGCAGUUAACCCACCGUUCCUAGGCCGUCAUUGAAAAUAAGAAUGUGUUCUUAACUGACUUGCCUAGUUAAAUAAAGGUAUAACAUUUUAAAAUUAAAAUAUUGGCAAAUCGGCGCCCAAAAUACAGAUUUCCGAUUGUUAUGAAAACUUGAAAUCGGCCAUUCCGAUUAAAUCGGUCGACCUCUAGUUGAUACUUCCUGUUGCCAUGUAUGAGAAUAGAACCGUGUAAAAGAAAUGCUGAAAAGGGACUCUUAUUGAGUGGGUAAAUGAUGGGAGUAGGUCAGACAGAAAUACAGUAGUCAGUUUGGCAUUGCUUUUGUAACCAGACAGAGUUAACAACAUGAAGAAUGUGUGGAGUUUUCCUCAGAUCAUUCGAACCACAAGUGCUUUCUAGAAAAAAGUAACUUUACAUAUCUGUUUUCGUAAUAAUUUAACACUAUUCAAUGUGUCAACUCAGAUCAUGUCAACUUGAUUCACUGAAGCUAUUGCUGUUGUCGUUAUGUUAAGAUGUUACUUUGUGGGAAAUAUAGCGGUAAAAUGUUAGGGCUAUUUUACUGUAUUUUCACAUACUCUAAAAGUCUCAAAUAAAGCAACAGCUUGACUGUAGGGAGAAGAGACUUCCUCUCUGA